UCCGGUCCCACACUGAUGACGCGUACACAAGCGUGCCCGAGAGCGGAGGGAUGUCAAGGAUCCUCUGCAGAGUCUUAACAUCUGCACACACACACAGAAACCUGGAAGCAGCUGCUGCACACCUCUGCUCUGCAGCCUCUCCACCAGCCUCACUGUGUCCUGGCUCCUCUCCGAGAACCACCAUGGAGCCUAAACUGUACCGGUCCCCUGCAGGGGUCCGAGGCAUGACCUCCCUGGACAAAGAGGCCUUCGCACAGACCAUCACGGUCCCAGCUUUGCGGGUCCCCAUCAGGGUCUUGAACAAGGUGAUAAAGAGCCUGAAAAAGUCGACCAUCCAGCGGCCAGGGAUGCCAAGAGUCGUCCCAGACACAGAGGACGGAGGCGCCUUCCGUCUGAUCCUGUUGGACCCAAACAGAAUCUCCUCCGCCAGCUCCUUCUCCGAGGCCGAAGCCGAGGCGCUGAGGUCCUUCGAAGUCCCCGAGGAGCUGCAUUCCCACGAGCUGCAGCUGACCUACGACAACCUGAAGAGCGAGGAGGUGCUGGAGGCCGUUCUGCCUCCGGGGCAGGACGUGACCUCCGCCUUCAGCCGGGUGGGACACAUCGCACACAUGAACCUCAGGGACCACCAGCUCCUGUACAAGAGCCUCAUAGGUCAAGUCAUCAUGGACAAAAACCCCGGCAUCACCUGUGUGGUCAACAAAUUAAACAUCAUCGACUCAACGUACCGAAACUUCAAAAUGGAGGUGCUCGCUGGAGAGGAGAACAUGGUUGCUAAGCUGAAAGAAAAUGGAGUGACGUACGAGUUUGACUUCUCUCGUGUGUACUGGAACUCCCGGCUGAGCACCGAGCACCAGCGCGUGGUGCAGCUGGUCACACGGGGGGACACCGUGUUCGACGUGUUUGCCGGCGUCGGGCCCUUUGCCAUCCCCGCCGCACGCGUGGGCGCCAAAGUGUUAGCCAACGAUCUCAACCCGGAGUCCUACCGAUGGCUGCAGCACAACUGCAAACUCAACAAGGUGGAGAGCAAAGUGCGGACGUUCGACCUGGACGGCAGAGCGUUCAUCCAGGGCCCGGUGAAGCAGGAGCUGCCGGCGCUGCUGAAGGGAAAAGGCAGCGUCCAUGUGGUGAUGAACCUGCCGGCUUUAGCUUUGGAGUUUCUGGAUGCAUUCAGAGGCCUCCUGCACCAGGAAGCUCCCUGUGACGAGAACUUACCCACGGUGCACUGCUACGGCUUCUCCAGAGAGGACGACCCGGACACAGAUGUGGUGAAGAGAGCGUCCCGCAGCCUCGGGUUCCCCCUGGAGAACCGAUGCUCCGUGCAUUUUGUGCGUAACGUGGCUCCCAACAAAGAUAUGAUGUGUGUGAGAUUCACAAUCCCUAAAGAAGUCCUCUUCAGCAGCAGUGAUGACCAGACAGAGCCCUCAGAAGAACCUGCCCCUAAGAGACAGAAGUGUGAAGAAACCGAAUCAAUAUAACAUUUUACAAGUAAACGUUUUAUUUUUGAGUUUUUUUGUUUUAUGAGAGUUUUAAUACGUUUCAUUUUUUCAUCUUUUAUA